AUGGUCGUGCCGGGGGGGUUGGGGGGGCUCCGCAAGGCUGGGCCGCUUCAGGCUGAUGGUGUGCGAGUCUCCGGGCCGGACCGCAAAGCUUUGGUGCUGACGGACCAAAGCUGCGAGCAGGGCCGCCACUGCCUGAGCACAGGUUACGAGGCCACCUUUGUGAAGAACAUCAUGCUGCCUUCGAGCUUCCGCUUGCACGGGGUGCGGGUGGAGACGGUGGGAUCCUCCGUUUGGUCCGUGGACAGCCUGCAGGUGCGCGUGGACGGGCAGAAGGGCCGCUUCACGGGUCCCGCGGCGGUGGCGAAGACGCGGCCGCUCUUCUUCUCCGUGGGCUGCGUGACCCAGGCGUCGGAGCUGAGUUCGGUGCCGGCGGGCACCCCGUGCCUCUGGCCGUGUCUGGGUGCUUCGACCGCGCAGAAGUACUGCUACGUGGACGAGGAGAAGAAGAAGUGGGGCUACUGCGCGCCCGCCUGCGAGACGAAGAGCACGGAGGACAGCCAGAUGAAGUCGGAGCUGACCUGCGCCGAGCUGAACUGGCCCACCCGCUCCAGCGCCAACGACGACGGAGCCGUGUGCGCGGCCAGCGACGAGGCGCCUUUGAAGGGCUGCAGCGGGGAGGUGCCCUGGAGCACGGCGCAGCGGAACUGCAAGGAGGUCGGGGCCAGACUGUGCACCCGGAGCGAGCUGGAAGCGGACGAGGCGGCAGGCACGGGCUGCGGCAUGGACCGGACGCGGGUGUGGUCGGGCACCAAGUGCGGCACCAACGAGUUCCUGUCGCUGGUGGGGGCCACGGCCUUCCGGGGACAGCUGAAGCCGAGAUGUACCGUGGCAGAUGAGCCUUUGGCGCGUGUCCGCUGCUGCGCGGACGCCCGUGCGCUGCGGCUCCGCUUCCGGCGCAGCGACCGGGACGCGCACGCGCUGCCGGCGGGGUUGAGCAUUGAGAACUCCGGCGGGCUGAUGAACUGGGCGGUGGUGUCAGGCACCAACUGGCGGGGGGACUUUGGCUUCUUCCUGCAGAGCGGCAUGCGGGGCUUGCUGGCGCCCAAAGACGGCCAGCACUUGGACGUGCUGCUUUCAGGAGUGCACACGGCCCCUCGGGGGGGCAUCAUCGAAUUCUUCUACCGCAUCGACUCCGAGCGCCAGGCCGACCUGCUGCGCUUCUUCAUCGACGAGAUGGAGCAGAACACGGGCGGGCUCCCGGCCUCUGGCACCGUCGCGUGGACGAAGGCGUCCUUCAGCUUCUCCGGGUCCAAGAUGAAGACCCACACCUUCCGCUGGCGCUACGAGAAGGACGGCUCGGAGUCUUUGGGAAAAGACGUGGCCUGCAUCGACGACAUCGUGGUGCAUGGGAUCCGGGGCUUGGAGCCCUGA